AUGGCCAUUAACUGGGCUCAGGUUGUCCAGCUCGCAAGCUUGGUUGCAGCUACACACUCUUCUGGGUACGGACUUUGCUCCGAUAGAGUGGCUGUACACAAUGCCUUGCUCUUGUUAGACCACGACACAAUAACUCGGCAGUGGUUCCGCGCCUGGGAUUUUGGGCGGAAGUACGGGCCUUUUGUGGUGACCGGCUCCGGCAUGGGCUUCCUCGGGGCUGCUUUACUAGACGGCAUGAACAGCCCUACUUUCGGCCCUAACAUUGUCGCUUCACUCUCUAUGGGUUUCGUUGUCGUUUACACCGUUUUGGUUGUGUUCCCUAUCAACGACAAAUUGCUAGAUGCCCAUGCAAAGUUGAUCAGCUCUAAAAGAUCCGAUGAUGAUCAUCAGACUACGGACGAAAUUCGGAGACUAGCCGCUGCAUGGAAGGUUGCUGACCUCAAACGAACUUUUCUAUCGACAUUGGCGGCCUUGGCAGGUCUGAUUGCUGCGUGCUCGCCAUCUUUCUACGUUGCAUAA